AUGUGUGGUAUUUUUGCUUGUUACAGACGUGAUGGGAUUGAGUCAUUUAAGCCAGUAGCUUUACAACUUUCAAAAAGAAUUAGACAUCGUGGACCAGAUUGGUCGGGAAAUGUUGUGAAGAACGACACUAUAUUUGUCCAUGAACGGUUAGCAAUUGUUGGAUUGGACACUGGUGCUCAACCUAUUGUUUCGGACGAUGGGAAUUAUGUUUUAUGUGUCAAUGGAGAAAUAUAUAAUCACAUCCAUUUGAGAGAUAUAUGUGCUGAUUAUCCAUUUUCUACGUUAUCUGACUGUGAACCUAUAAUUCCUUUGUUUAAGAAAUAUGGUGUUGAGACUCCAAACUAUUUGGAUGGCAUGUUUGCUUGGUGUUUGUACGACGCCAAGGAUGAUAGGAUUGUGGCUGCCAGAGACCCCAUUGGAGUUACUACUUUAUACAUGGGCAAAUGUUCUAAAUCACCAAGAACAAGGUAUUUUGCAUCUGAGUUGAAAUGUCUUGUCGAAGAGUGUGAUGAGAUUAUAUCUUUCCCACCUGGUCAUGUGUAUGACUCAGACACAGACCAGAUCACUAGAUAUUUUAAGCCUAGUUGGCUGGUUGACAGUAUCACUCCAACUAAACCAGUGGAUUACAAGAAGCUUCGUGGAGGUUUGGAGAAGGCCGUUAGAAAGCGGUUAAUGACGGAAGUUCCUUACGGUGUUUUGCUUUCUGGAGGAUUGGAUUCAUCUUUAAUCGCUGCUAUCGCUGCACGUGAGACGGAAAAGGCUAACAAAGAGAUGGAUGUGGUCAAAUACGAUAGUCAAGUUAGAAACUUAGUAGGUGUUGACGAUGAACUCCACCUACAUGCCUCAGGUUGGUCCAAGCUUCAUUCGUUUGCGAUUGGACUACCAAAUGCUCCAGAUUUGCAAGCGGCCAGAAAGGUUGCGAAGUUUAUUGGUUCUAUCCAUCACGAGCACACAUUUACUAUCCAAGAGGGUCUUGACGCUUUGGAUGAUGUUAUUCACCAUUUGGAAACUUUCGAUGUGACAACCAUUCGUGCUUCCACUCCAAUGUUUUUAUUAUCACGUAAGAUCAAGGCACAAGGUAUCAAAAUGGUCCUAUCCGGUGAGGGUUCUGAUGAGAUUUUCGGCGGGUAUUUGUACUUUGCUCAAGCACCGUCUGCUAAGGACUUUCAUAAUGAAUCGGUUGAGAGAGUUAAAAACUUGCACUUGGCUGACUGUCUCCGUGCUAACAAGUCAACUAUGGCUUGGGGGCUUGAAGCUCGUGUUCCCUUCUUGGACCGUGAUUUCUUGGAGCUCUGUAUGAACAUCGACCCUGAAGAGAAAAUGAUUAAACCAAAAGAGGGUAAAAUUGAGAAAUAUAUCCUCAGGAAGGCCUUUGACACAUCCGAUGAACCAGAUGUUGAACCUUACCUACCUCAGGAAAUCUUGUGGAGACAAAAGGAACAGUUUUCUGAUGGUGUAGGCUAUUCUUGGAUUGACGCUUUAAAAGAUGCCGCUGAAAACGCAAUCUCAGAUGAACAAUUUGCCCAACCAAAACCAGAAUGGGGCGACGAUAUUCCAUCCACAAAGGAAGCUUACUGGUACCGUAUGAAGUUUGAUGCCCUUUUCCCUCAGCCUACCGCUGCCAGCACCGUAAUGAGAUGGGUUCCCAAGGCUGAAUGGGGCUGCUCUGAAGACCCUUCUGGAAGAUUUGCUAAAAUUCAUGAAAAGCACAUAUCUAAAUGA